AUGACGGUUCGUCUAUCUCGGAUCCAGCUGGCCCUGUUUUUUAUCUUGCUCUGUCCGGUUAAUAUCAUCGGACUCUGGUGGGCGGUGGGCAGUCCGCUGGUGAUGGAUCCCAACAGCAUAUGCAGGAAGGCGAAGCGUUUGGCGGGGAAACAGGCUGAGCUGUGUCAGACUCAGCCAGAGAUUGUCAACGAGGUGGCCAAAGGAGCCAGGCUGGGUGUAAGAGAGUGCCAGUACCAGUUCAGAUACCGCCGGUGGAACUGCACCAGCCACAACAAGUACUUUGGCAAAAUACUGCAGCAAGAUAUCCGGGAGACAGCAUUUGUUUAUGCCAUCACAGCCGCCGGUGUGACCCACGCAGUGACUCAGGCCUGCAGUAUGGGAGAUCUACUGCAGUGUGGCUGUGAGGCGACCAGGAACAGAGCACCUCCGAGGCCACCAUCAUCGUCCUCCUCGGGGGAUGGAGUCAAGUGGGAGUGGGGGGGCUGUGGAGAUGAUGUGGAAUUUGGUUAUGAAAAGUCGAAACAGUUUAUGGAUGCCAAGAGGAGAAGGGGCAAGAGCGACAUCAGGACGCUCAUAGACCUGCACAACAAUGAAGCUGGGCGACUGGCAGUGAAGCUUUACAUGCGGACAGAGUGCAAGUGCCAUGGACUGUCAGGCUCAUGCACCUUACGCACAUGCUGGAAGAAGAUGCCUCAUUUCCGUGAAGUAGGCGACCGCCUACUAGAGCGCUUCAACGGUGCUUCCAAGGUGAUGGGCGGCAAUGAUGGCAAGACACUGAUCCCAGUCGGCCAGAACAUCAAGCCACCAGACAAGCAGGAUCUGAUUUACUCAGAUGAGUCGCCCGAUUUUUGCCUGGCAAAUCGGAAAACUGGAUCACUGGGGACACGGGGCCGCAUGUGUAACAGCACAGCCAUGGACAUCAGCGGCUGUGAUCUGCUCUGCUGCGAGCGUGGCUACCGGGAGGAAUCAGUAGUGUUUGAGGAGAACUGUCUGUGUCGUUUCCACUGGUGUUGUGUAGUCCAGUGCAAGAAGUGCUUGGUCCGGAAAGAGCUUAGUCUCUGUCACUGAU